AUGGAGACACCAAACAAAUCACGUCCCACAGCUCCCGACAUUCUGGUCCAGGGGCUGCCCGAGCAGCGCGCCACAGUCGCACGAUCCGUCCGACCUCCAUGGCAAGAUCGCAUCGCUGAGCUUGCGCGGCUGGCAGCUGCCUCCCCUGGGAUGGAUGGGCAAGGAAGUGAUAAGAGUGACACGGGGUCUCUCAUGCAUCAUCAUCUGGAUGCGAUUGAAUCCAUCCUUCAGGACCCGCGGCCGGGGCUAGUUCACGAAGUGACCAAGUGUCGCACACGACGCACGAGCUUUGGAACUAAAGGCUUGUCAAAUCCACCAGGUUGUCCUGAGGAUAUGCCAUCUGAUCUUUCGGAAGGUGCUUGCCAGCAUGAGGCCCUGAAUCACGAAUUGGCGUCCAGUUUACGGACGCUUCUUGGAGAGGUCACUGAGUUAAACCAGGAACUACAUCGACGCCAUGCAGAAUCUGUUGAGAUUCGUGAGCUUAUGGACAUGAAAUGUCGUGGGUUAGCAAGAACAAUUGCUGAAUUGGAGGAUGAGGUGUCUGAAUUGCAAUCGGAUCUGGUCGACGACUCAAUCGAAUUGGAGGGUCUCCAGGGUACGGUCCGUGGCCUGGAGGAUUGGGUCGCAGGGCUGCGCGAAGGGCAAGGCUGGCCCGUGCUAAGCCGGCCGAACGUCGGAAAGCGUUAUGGUGGGCAGGUCGGGAAUGAUGGCGACGCGAUAGCAAUACUUGACGGGCUGGGUGCGUGGAUGCGGGGAUGGAGAGACGUGGAGGACGGACACAAGGCUCGGGCACGAGCGCGGAAGUUGCGGCGGGACCAACGACAGGAGCUUCUGAAACGCAGGGGCAGGACCUAG